AUGCUCGUCCAAGGCAAGAUCGCGUUGGACGUCAGGAUCUUGAGAGCAACUAAGGCCUGCUACAAGUACCCUGACCUGUGGAUGAUGGAAGAAAACCCCUCCCCGAGUUCGACCUCCUUUCUCAAUCUCAAAGGUCUUACCAAUGGCGACGAAGUGAACGGUGACGACGAGCGCAAGAUGGGGGCGUGGACGUGGCCGCCAUGA